AUGUGGACGGAACUGAUCUUCUGUUUAUUUGUGACAGCAAUUUUUGUAUUGGUGCUUUUCAUCUUGAAUAUAGAUUACAUGCAAGGUGAUAAAGUAACUAAGUCCCGAUGGUCUAGACUACAGAAGUUAUGGGACGAAGGCGCGUUUAAAAAUAAACCAUUGAAAGUGUCCAAGGAUGUUAUAAAUGCUAUGAUACAAAGGGGAAUUUACUCGCUAAAUUCCAACGUUGAAUCAGACGAGAAUGGUGACGAGGUGCUCCUGUGGACAAGUGAGAUGCUUGAAAAGUCGUCCUCCAAACUAGAGCAAAAUCACGAUAAUGUUGGGAAGUUUAAAAAAAUGGUGAAUGAUUUUGUUGAAAACGUGGAGAAAUGUGUUGAAGAAUAUGAGGAUAAUCUAUGCAAAUUGAAUAACGAUUUGGAACUGAUCACUGAGACGCAUCAAUUCAUAAAGAAGGAGAUCCAAAAACAAUUGUGCCAGGCAAAGCAGCAAAUCGCAACCGCAGCCAGCGACAACUGCAACCGCUCCUGGGUACCGCCAGUACCAUCCAUUCGAUGCCCCAUAAUUGCAGACGCCCAAGCUGAGGACGACUUCCUGACCACAUUAGAUCAAUUUGAGGAGUCAAGAGGAAUCCCAUAA